GCGUCCAUAGCAACCCUUUGCACGCCCGCAUUUGUGUGCUUGAUUAGCAAGAUGCUUAUAUGCAAUCGAUAAACUUAUAUUUAUCGAAUAUUUUAGAUAAAAUGUAUGCCUGGACAGGUUUAACGAUUUGUGAUUAUAUGAAUUAGAAAGACGAUUUGCGCGAACUUAGAUAAAUCAAAAAUACAAUGGCGGAAAAGAGACGGUCCGGGAUUGGCAUGCCCGACUCAAAAUCUGGGAAAGCCGAGACUGAUAACGAAUUUCUUUCACAAGCCGGGGUCAGUUCAUUGCUCAGAAAUGCGUUGCUGAAACUGGUAGAGGCUCGGUCGGAGGACCCGAUAGGUUUUCUCGCCGAACACUUCAGUAAUUUGGCCUCGGAGACGGAGAACGGGACGGCAGAAAGAGGCGACGGACAGCAUCAGCACACGAGUCACGAGCAGCAACGGCUUACCACAGCGCUCUGGCAUCUGAAUCUAGCUCAUCAUUCGCAACGAUCGGCAUUCAACAACAACAUCCGUGUUGCCUAUGAUCUACUCACCCAGAACAGUUCUGGUUGCCAUGUUCUGGGUGGCAUUCCAGGUCGCCUGUACACAGAAACACUGCAGUGCCUGUGCAGCGACGGUGGGUUGUCGAUGUCCGCCGCCGCGCCCCUCCUGCAGCGUCUCCGUUGCCAUGACUACGAGGCCGUGCCCUUUGAACUCUUCCGUCAAGGGGCGCUGACAUGUGCCGUGUUCGCAGACUAUGUCCGCAAAUCCCGGUGCCUGUAUGCGGCUGUGGCCAGCAGUCCCGAGCAGAGCGCAGACAGGGCAUUGUGCUGCGCUGUCCUGGCCGCCCUCCGGGGAGCGCUGGAGACCUCGCACGGGCCCGAUUCUGUCCGAUACUUAGAGGCCAGUGCCAUGAUCUCACCCGGCGAGCUGGCGCGUGCGAUGGCCGGGGCGCGGGCUACCGCAGGGCAGCAGGCGGGGCCCACCAUGGACGCACGGGAAUUUGAAGAUGAGGCUGCCGCCCUCUUCUUAGCCCGGGUCCGAUCAGUGAGCUGAGCUGCAACUGAGAGCAGACAGCUUUUGUUGGGACUGAAGGAGUGAGAUGUUGGGAAGGUUAUCCCACAGUCCAUCCGGCUGCCUGCUUCAUAUGGAGUGCAUCAUUUACUGGAGAUAAGCCGCAAGCACGAAGAAGCUCCAUAACACAGUUACGAAUGUUGUGACUUAAAGCUCUCUGUGCAUAUAACAGUGAUGAUGUAAAUAUCCCACCUUAUUCCACUCUCUUAAUCACUGUCUCUUGUUCUUUUAGGCUACAGGUCAUGACUCUGGAUCAGCUGAUUUGUUUAUUCAGUAAAAUUGUCACUGUGAUGCCUUAGUACGUAAACAGAGCUGCCUGUAAUAUAUUUCCCAUACUAUGUAAGGAUUAAAGAUCUGUAAUAUAUUAUAAAAUCUGUUCUGGUUC